AUGAGCCUGCACGGACGGUUCCAAGUGUCCGUGCUAUUUGUCUCUCAUCUUCGUUGCGGUUGCUGCUCCGCUCUCUUUCAUAGCCCAAGUAUUCCUUUCGUUUGUGCAGAAGAGGUCUACCGCAAGAAAUGGCGCAUCCACAUCGAGCGCGUCACGCGUGACAAAGCCAACGGGCAGACUGUGCCGAUUGGUAUCCACCCGUCGAAGGUGACGAUCACGAAGAUCAAGCUCGACAAGGAUCGUAAGGCUCUGUUGGACCGCAAGGGCGGCAAGGGCAAGAAGGGCCAGAAGUACACCGACAAGGACAUGGAAAAGUGA